CACACACACACACACACACACACAUGAAAAAUAAAAUAAACUUGCAUUAAUGAAGAUCAAACACUGCAUCUAGUAUUAACGGGAGAUGAUAACCAUAGUGGGUAGUGGAGGCCUCUGCGUACCCUUGCCCCGAGCGUAGUGGUGUACGAGCGAGCAUCUCCUUGUCUGACUAGCCCCUGUGCUGAUUGCCAGACACGGAGGGAGGACCUUGGUAGGUAGCUGACGUGGUUAUCUUGCAGGUGUGUUGAGGGAGAGACAUAGUGGAGCUGGUGGAUGGCUGCUGCUGCACAAGUAGGGUGUUACACGUUGUCUGUUCUUCCUGUGUUACUGUCAGAUAAUUGUGUUGACGGGCAUCAUUCAUUCCAGUAAAAGACACACAUCUACGAGUAUUAAGUAUUUUGUCGCCACCUCUGUGUCGUAAAUGAGUCGCCAGUGAAAAGAAAAAAAUCUUACCAAACAUUUCUUACAAGAGGACAGUAGUCAUUAACUUCCACAAUUGAGGCCACGUUGCUGCUAUCCAUAUUAAUUAUCUAGAGGGACUGUAGGUGAGGGAGUGCGUCGUCUUGUUUCAUAAUCUGGUAAGAAACUAAGGCUACAGAAGAGGUGCUUGCGGUAGAGGUCUGCGGUGUGUGUCGUGAGCUGACCCUGAGGAGUUCUGGAGCUGGAAUUUCAUCAGGUUCAGCUGGCAGAUACAUAUAUUGUAUCACAGACUUUCUCCAUCAACUUACUGAAGGACGCGCUGGGGAGUUUUAUGAGAUGUUAUCAGCCCGCUACGCCCACCAGUACAAGACCACAUACAAGCACCAGCAGCCCACAGGUGUUGUCUUCACACUCUCCUGCAGAACGAGGAUGAUCUGGACGUACGACAAGACAGAAGAGGUGGUGUUCUGGGGGUGCGUGAGUGUCUUGCUGGCCGCUCUCCUGCACGUCUUAGGUCUCUGCUCCUGGUGGACGGUAUUCCCUACUACCUGGCUGCUAUCUGGUGGGGCAUCUCUGAUACUAAGUAGUUUGACGGUGUCGUCCUCAGGGAAGGCGGUGCUGGUAACAGGGUGUGACACAGGCUUCGGUAACUCCUUCGCCCUCAUCCUCGAUAGAUUAGGGUUCCGAGUGUUCGCAGGUUGCCUGCAUGCUGGAGGUGAGGGAGCCAAUCACCUCCGUCGGGAGGGGUCCAGCCGCCUCCAUGUCCUACAGAUGGACGUCACCAACCAGGAGCAGCUCGACAAGGCUGCCCAAGAGGUCAAACACCUGCUGCCCGAAGGAGAGGUGCUGUGGAGCCUGGUAAACAACGCGGGGUUAUCGGCAUUCGGGGAGGUGGAGUGGGUGCCCUUGAACACCUACAGGAAGGUCGCGGAAGUCAAUGUUUUCGGAGUCAUCUCCGUCACCAAGACCUUCCUGCCGCUCCUCAGAAGAGCAAGAGGUCGGGUGGUAAACAUGUCCAGCGUAGCGGGGACCAUCGGGCGAGGAGUCAUGUCACCUUACAACUUGACCAAAUUUGCCAUCGAGGGCUUCAGCGACUGUUUACGGCAGGAGAUGAUGGCGUGGGGUGUCUCCGUCAUCCUAGUAGAACCCAGCAACUUCUCUGCCGCCACCAACAUCAACGCGCAGCAGUGGAUCAGUGAACAGGGGGAUCAGAUGUGGGGGUCCAUGAGCGAGGAGGUGCGAGCUGACUAUGGCAAGGACUACUUUGAUACCUUGGUUAAAUUCGCUAAAACUCAAGCUAACAGCGGAGAGAAGGAUAUGACCUCGGUGUUGCAUGCCAUGACGGAAGCAGUGACGAAGAGGUAUCCAAGAGUACGCUACCACGCCUUCGACUGUUAUUACUUCUUCAAACAGAAGGCCGUCAUCCACCUUCCGGAGUGGCUGUCAGACCUACUCUACAUAACCCGUCCACCACUUCGUCAGCUCUCUCAACAAAAAACUACGGCGCAGACAAAACUCGACUAAUUGAAUGACACUCGUUAAUCACCAUCUAUUAACCUUGUUCCCGAGAGAAGGGUUAAGGAUAAGUAGCGUGUGCGUCAGUUAAUGAGUGAUCCCCAAACGCUUUAAAAAUCACGGAACGAUGAACUACCUAACCCAACCUAACCAUUAUUUUCCUAUUUUCUCUAUUCUCAAUCUUGUCCUUUAGGUAUUAUAGGUCUUAGUACAGUGUGUUCGUGUGUGCAUGAGGCCAGGAGAGAGAGAGAAAGAGAAGAACAAAUUGAUUUUUUAUUAUAUUACUACACUAAAUAUAUAUGUAUGAAGUUAUGUUAAGUUAUAUGUAAACAUCUCAGGUAUGAGUUGCAAUUAUUAUGAAUUUUGAAAUGAACAUGAGAGAUACUGUGUGUGUGUGUGUGUGUGUGUGUGUGUGUGUGUGUGUGUGUGUGUGUGUGUGUGUGUGCUGGCUCGGGGUUACGUAAUUAGAAAAAAACAAUUAUUGCUCCUCUCAAAGUUAAUUACCUUACCUGUACAAUAUGAUUCUACUACUUCAUAAGAGGUCCUCAGGUAGCUAUGUUCACCAACGUCUCUCAGAAGUCUGUAUAUCCACACAAGCAAUAUAAGGGUAUAGAUUUUUC